GUGUGUGUUGAGGUUGGACUGCGGGAAGAUAACAAGAGGCGCACUGGCUCCACGAGCACAAGUGGAUGGAAAGAGCCUGCAUGCAAUGGAGAAACUGAACCAGGGUGCAGAGAUCGGCCCGUUGUAAACUAAAGAGAACAAAAAGAAAGAGGAGAGGUGCUUGAAUGAGACAAGAGGGAAUGAAGAGUAUAAUUGAGGGUUUUGAUGAGGAAUUGAGGUUAUUUUCCAAAAUGGCACGGAUUUGCUCCCAUGCAAAUGCGCAUUUUGCAAAGAUGACAUAGCACUUGAGAAAAUGGGAUUCCUCCAGGAACAGAACUCACUCACGACCUGAAUGAAAAGAUAAAAGGGAUUCUAUUCAAAUCGGAUUUUUUUUUCUCCUUCUUCUUCUUCUUUUACUUGACAAGUCUCGGUUGUGAGUGAACGCAGAGUGAAAUAUGAAUCUGGGCAAAGCACUUCUGUUUUUCCUCCUCUCAAAUUGUGUGACAAUGACUUUCUCGCUAUCCACUUGCACCACCGUGGACAUCGACCACAUCAAGAAAAAGAGAGUGGAGGCGGUCCGGGGACAGAUUCUCAGUAAACUCCGGAUGACCAGUCCGCCUCAAACAACAGGUCCAAGUCAGGUACCGUUUCAGGUUCUGGCCCUUUAUAACAGCACCAAGGAGCUCAUUGAGGAGCUGGGAAGAGACCGGCAGCAGAGUUGCGGGCAGGAUAACACGGAGACUGAGUACUACGCCAAAGAGAUUUACAAGUUCAACAUGAUCAAUGGUCCGCCAGAAAACAAUGACCUCCCCUACUGCCCCAAGGGUAUCACCUCCAAGGUAUUCCGCUUCAACGUGUCCGUCAUGGAGAAGAACUCCACCAACUUGUUCCGGGCUGAGUUUCGAGCCCUGCGGAUCCCCAACCCCAGCGCCAAGAAAAACGAGCAGAGGAUUGAGCUCUACCAGAUCCUCCAGAAAGAUGACCCCAAAGCCAAACAGCGCUACAUCGGGGGCAAGAACGUCCUGACCAAGGGAACGCCUGAGUGGGUCUCCUUUGAUGUUACAGAGACAGUGAGGGAGUGGCUGAUGUACCGACAGACCAACCUUGGCCUGGAGAUCAGCGUGCACUGUCCCUGCCACACUUUCAGGCCUAACGGGGAUAUCAUCGAGAACGCCAACGAGGUGCUGGAGGUCAAGUUCAAAGGUAUGGAAAUGGACUAUGACGAGCAGAGCCGUGUGAAAAAACAGAAGGAGCAGCCGUACCCCCACCUCAUCCUCAUGAUGCUGCCUCCCCACAGGCUGGAUGCCCAGUCCUCCUCCCGCAGGCGCAAGCGGGCACUUGACACCAAUUACUGCUUCAACAAUUACGAGGAGAACUGCUGUGUGCGACCACUAUAUAUUAAUUUCCGGCAGGAUCUGGGCUGGAGGUGGAUCCAUCAGCCUGAAGGGUACUACGCUAACUUCUGCUCCGGUCCCUGUCCUUACCUACGCAGCGCAGACACCACCCACAGCUCGCUGCUGAGCCUCUACAACACCCUGAACCCCGAAGCGUCCGCCUCACCCUGCUGUGUUCCUCAGGACUUGGAGCCCCUCACCAUCCUCUACUACGUGGGUCGCUCCCCGAAAGUCGAGCAGCUCUCAAACAUGGUCGUCAAGUCCUGCAAGUGCAGCUAAAACUUGGGGGGGCUUCGGGGAGGGGCCCGGGCGAGAGACACGGGAUGCGACGGCUCAAAGCACUACUCAGAAGCGGGUAUGAGGAAUUAAAGUGGACAGGGUACAAUUUGUCCUCCAUGAGUACCUCCUUCCCCCACCCCCUCCUGCUUCAGCCUUUGCCCAAGCUCUCUCUCAAGAAAAGAAAAAAAAAAAAAAAUGCAGUCCACCACUUUGCUCACGAUCAUUGGCAGCAUUUAACUAGAAGACUUGUCAGACACCACUUCACCAACAGCGCUCUCGAACCCAUCAGACCUCUUGUUGAAUUGCCUUUGACAUCAGUGUUUCUCCUGUUGUUUGUUUGUUUUUUAUAUAUAUAUUCCAGCAUUUUGAAGAGCCUGAAUCUCACGUGAAUAUUGGUAAUCGAAGCCUGUUUUCACUAAAAGAGGAACAGAACAAUAAUUGUCUUGCUAUGACCAAUGCAUUCUCAAGGACAUUAAAUAAUUGCAGCCAAAAAAAAAAAAAAAAAAAGAGAGAGAGAGAGAAAAUGCCAGAGAAUGCAGACUAAAACUCAGCAUGCGUCAAAGAGGGUAUCAUAAAAAAAUGAUUGUUUGCUGAGAGCAAACACAUCUCUGGGCUCUCUGACACACACACGGGACACGUUUGAAUGUCCAAGCUGGAAACUGACGCUGUGCACGCCGCAGCUCCCUACAACACUGUUUGUUUAGGAUUAAAUGCUGUUGAAUAAAAAAGAUCUUAGGAAGAAGAAAAAAAAAAAAAAAA